UUAGACGGUUGCUCAGGGUGAACAGUGACAGCAGCAUCGCAGCAAACAAAAUUUCAUCCUUUCCCCCUGAAUAAACCCAGGCUCCCCUUUCCCUCACCCAUGGCGUCUAAUGCUAAUAUAGAUAUCGAGGGUGCGACCCAGCAUCUCCGGGACAUCCUCAAGCUUGACCGUCCCGGGAACAGCACCGAUGCAAAUUCAAGUGAAGGCGGUAGAAAGCUGUCUUUUAAUGGUGAGCUGAACGGGUUAUUGGGAGCGGGCCUGCUAGGAAGCACUGACCGGUCAACCAUGUCAGAAUCUACAAGACCCAUCUCCACAGACCUCAGCAGUGCUCAGGAGAGUCAGAUAAUUUGCCUUUCUGGUGAUGAUGGCUCUACCUGUAUCCCCAUCACUUCUAACAAUGUGGAGAUUGUGGCAAGCCAAGACUCUAGCAUCAACAGCAAGGCUCGAGGCAGUAACAAGGUGAAAAUUCAGCCUGUUGCCAAGUACGACUGGGAGCACAAGUAUUAUUAUGGCAGACUGAUAGCUGUGUCCAACUCCUUCCUGGCCUAUGCCAUCAGAGGUGCCAACAACCAUGCUAUGGUUCGUGUCCUCAGUGUAGAUUGUGGCGAGCGUUCCUUACUGAAGGGAUUCACCGGGGCCGUCACAGAUCUGGCUUUCGCCCACCUCGACUCCUCUCUGUUGGGUUGUGUCGAUGAAGCGGGCAACCUCAUGGUCUGGCAGCUUACCUGCACUGGCAACAAGAUACUAGAUCAGAUAGCGGUCCAUAUCCAACGACCAGAAAACACUCCACUGAACUCCCAUCGUCGCCUCAUCUGGUGCCCGUUCAUCCUGGAUGACAAUGAGGAGAACCAGGAUGAUGCCAGUCAAACUUUGGCUCUUCUACAUGAAGACAGGGCUGAGGUAUGGGAUCUGGAAGUCCUGAGAGCCAAUCACAGCAGUUGGCCUGUUGAUGCUGCAGAAGUAAAGGAGGGCCUCAUCACAGUCAAGGGGCAUUCCCAGCGAGUCAGUGAAGGCGCGCUGUCUCCAGAUGGAACGGUGUUGGCCACAGCCAGUCACGACGGAUACAUCAAGUUCUGGCAGAUAUACAUAGAAGGCGGGCAGGACAAGCCCAGAUGUCUUCAUGAAUUGCGGCCUCAUGGAGGACGUCCCCUCUCCUGUCUUCUUUUCUGUGACAACCACAAGCGGCAGGACCCUGAAGUUCCUUUCUGGAGAUUUCUGAUAACUGGGGCCAACCAGAACCAGGAGUUGAAGAUGUGGUGCACUGUUUCCUGGACCUGUUUACAGACCAUCAGGUUCUCUCCGGAUCCAUUCAACUCAUCGUCUCUGCCAAGUCUCAAGGCCAGUCUGGACCUCUCUGCUGAGUAUCUGAUCCUCACUGAUGUGCAGAGGAAGGUUUUAUAUGUGAUGGAGCUGCGACAGGACCUGGACAAAGGAAAGGCAAAUUUCACAGCCGUGUCAGAGUUCCUCCUGACCCACCCCGUGCUCAGCUUUGGGGUCCGCGAUGUAACUCUGAGUCGAUUGCGACACACUGAGGUCCUCCCUGCUGAGGAGGAGAGCGAAAGCAUGACAACAGAGGGCACUCAAGGACCCACAGAGUCCAAAUCUGGGAUCCAGAUUAAACUCUACUGUGUCCACACCAAGACUUUGCAGGAUGUCCAGAUUUGGUUUCAGCCCAAUGUGGGUUCCAGCUCUGCAGCCUUCCUUCCUCAUUCAGAUUCUCAAGACGGUCUUGCUGGGUUUUCAGACCAUCUCACAGACCAAAGCUCUGACAAGGAUUCAGGAACUGGCUCCCAGACAGACCUAAGGAAGAUCCCAUCACUUCCCGCUCCUGUAGAUUUUCUGUCAAACUCGGGCACCGGCAGCGGAGCGAUGCCCAAGCUGAUGACUCCUGAUGCCUUCAUGACACCAAGCACUUCAGUUCCAGCUUCUCCUGGGAGCAGCGCCAGCAGUCUAACCAUUGUGACAGCUAUUAGCAGCAACUCUGACUCAACGAACAGAGCUAUUGAAGACAUAAGUCAGAGUCCUAACAGGGCAGACAACAGCAGCACUGGUCUGGCACUUUCUGCCUCCAACAGCAACCCAAUAACUGCUUCCACUGUGCUGCUGCCUGGACUCGAGAAUCUGCAGGCUUUGGCAUCCCCUGGUGGUCUUCUGGCACUCGACAGCCCUCAGGUCCUGGACCCUCCUCUCCUGCCACCUUUGACCUCUCCAACUAGAGCCCGCUCCCCCGAUGUCAUCUCCUCAGCAUCCACAGCCAUGUCCCAGGACAUGCCGGAGAUUGCCACGCAAACCCUGCAGCCUCAGCGCGGACUGUUGUCCAGCUUGGAUCCCUUACCUCUUUCUGCCCUCCAGACAGACAGCAUGGCCUCUGCAGCCUCUGCUCUGCACCUGCUAACCUCACCACGCUCAGCCAACAACAGCAGCCUGCUGCCCCUCGAACUCGGAGGUGCAGAAGGGCCUGUGGGCGGGGUAGCAGAGUCAGAGCCCAGACUCAGUCACACUCCAUCUCUACUCGAGAACGCGUUAUCACAGGAAAAUCCGGGGGUAGGAGGAGGGUCCUCAGAUGGCAGCGUCAGCCACACACCUUGGCCAGCCGCCCCAGAUAUCACCAGGGAGACCAGGAACAGUCUCAGGGACAACGGUCUUGUGGACUGCUCAAGAGAGGAGUCACAGGACAGACACCUGAGCUCACCCUACCAUCGACGCUCGUAUCACCUCACACAGAAUGACAGUCAGGAUGCUGGAGCCGAGCAGAGUGACCCUGAUGAUGAAGUGGCCAGUCUGGCGUCAUCCUCUGGAAACUGUGGUUCUCGAUCCUCCCAUAGACUGCCGGUGAAUGACUGGAAAACCUCACCGCGAGGCUCGCCAAAACUAAAGAGAAAAAUCAAGAAAGACGACAGUGAAUCAUCACAGUCCCGGCAAAUGGAUUCUAGUCAGUUUAAUGCAGACGUACAGGACGAGUUGUUGAUGCUGCUGCGUAGCCAGCAGAGGGAGUUAACUGAACUGCGGGGACAGAUUGAAACCAUGCAGAGCUCCAUUAUGGCUCAGGUGGAGCACGUCCUGACAAAUCACCAGGAACAAGAACACCGCAGACUUGAGCGAGUUCUGGUGGAGAGUCAGAAUCAUCAGCAGCAGCUUCAGGAACAACUCAGCCAGCAGCUCAGCCAGGCCCUCAGCUCAGCUCUGACCAACAGGAUGGACAAAGUGCUUCGGGAGGAAAUUAAGAAAACCGUUCCGCAAACAAUCUCUAAGACUUUGGAGCCGGUGACAGGUCAGCUGAACAACACAAUCGCUGCUAAACUGACCGCAGUGGAGGUCGCCCUGAAGGACAAUGUUGGCAAAGUGGUCAAAUCCAAGAACACAACAGAUGCGAUUGGUCGAGCAGCAGCUGAGGCAAUGCAGGGGCCCAUCCAAGCAGCCUAUAAAGACGCCUUCCAGAGCAUCGUGCUUCCUGUUUUUGAGAGAGGCUGCCAGUCCAUGUUUCAGCAAAUCAAUGACAGCUUCAAACAAGGCACGCAAGAAUACAUCCAGCAGCUUGAGACUCAUAUGAAGAACAGAAAGCAGAGAGACCAGGAAACGCGAGACCCCAUGAUCGGCCAGCUCCAGCAGAUGAUCGACAACUUCCAGAGCUCCACUGAUCAGCUGGCCAACAACAUCACAGCUAACGUCCGGGCCGAAGUCCAGCAUCAGAUCCAGAUGAUGGUGGGAAAUUUGCAGGAGUCUAUUCUUAGCCAUGUGCAGCGGAUUGUCAAAGGUGAGGUGAGCCUAGCGAUGAAGGAGCAGCAGGCAGUGGUCACCUCCAGCAUCAUGCAGGCGAUGAGGUCGGCGGCCGGCACACCGGUCCCCACAGCACAUUUAGACUACCAGACACAGCAGGCCAACAUCCUGCAGCUCCUCCAGCAAGGCCAGCUCAAUCAGGCUUUUCAGCAGGCUCUAUCAGCGACCGAUCUAAACUUGGUCUUGUAUGUGUGCGAGACCAUCGACUCUCAGCAGGUGUUUGGCCAGCACCCCUGCCCUCUAAGCCAGCCCGUGCUGCUGUCACUUAUCCAGCAGCUUUCUUCCAACCUCACAACUCGCUCUGAGCUCAAAAUCAGCUACCUGGAGGAUGCAGUAAUGAAUCUGGACCACAGCGAUCCCCUGACCAGAGACCACAUGUCAUCCGUGCUGGCCCAAAUCAGACCGAAGCUCUUCGCCUUCCUGCAGCAGGACUCCCACAGUCCGCUCAGCAAGAGGGCGCGGCGCCUGGUGAUGAUGCUGCAGGGACUCGUCAACCACUAGUUUAACAGCUGCUGCUGAAGAGUAUUUUUCCUCUUGAUGGCGAUCAUAUAUCCACUGUUGUUUUCCCCGCUAAUGUUUUAGAGGAGAAAGCAUCAAGGACAGCUUCUCCGGUUUCCUGGAGCCUGAUCAUGAUCUCGCGCUCCUUGUUGCAUUUCUCCUCCUUCCUCCUUUCCUGCACCAGUGAAGUGUCAAGUCAAGAAAUAGACUUUUUUGUUCCUCAGUUUUUUUUUUUUUUGUUUUGUUUUUCCUUGAAGACAAUAAUGUCUGGGGCAAAAGCUUACUGUUAAUUUCUGUUAAGAGACUCUUGAGUUCACUGCAGAUACAUCCAGGCCUUUUUUUUAGAGCGGCUUUAUUGACCCAAGAGACCUUCUGGCUGCCUCUCCCAUCAAGAAGCAGAAGAGUGUCUCAGACACGACAGCGAGAGACCGUGGAGAUUCUUUGUGUCACCUUAACGACAACAACAGGAAAACAAACAAAAAAAACAACCCCAACCAUGACACCCUUUUAUUUUACAUCAUCCAGGACGCGCGUAAAACUCGAAGAAUGUCCAGCCGAGCGGUCCGUGUGAGGCCCGGCGUGGCUGCUCCUUUUGUUGUGCUCUGGUUUUCCGAGCUGUCUGUUCGGCAUGUUUUGAGAUCAACCGUGGUCCGGGGGUGGGGGUGCUACCACAGAGCAACAGAAAGAAAACAUGUUUUGCCUCAAAAUGUCGCCUUGUAUUUUGGCCUUAAGAGCAAACAGCAGGCUUGUACACAUUGUUACUUUGAUCAGCACAGACCAGCAUCUUUUUGCUAAAGCCUGGAAUUUGGUUGUCGUGGGAUCUUAUGCUCCCCUCAGUUCAGGUGUUUGUUUUUUUUAAGCUAAUCCUGGCAACCAAAAACUAUGUACCACCCAAAGCCAUUUUCUGUUGGUAGCAUUUUUCCUUUGAGUUAUUUCUUAAUAGGUUGGAGACCUAUUAAGAAAUAGGUCUCCUACUCGUUUGGCCCCUCGCAGGCCAGAUCUUUGACGAUAAUUGACACUAUAAACUUUUCUGCUAGACAAAAAUGCAGUUUGUUCAUGACUCCUUCAUUUGUUUUGGGUUCAGAAAUCACUUUAAAGAGGGUUUCCUGAAGGAUAAGUUGGGUGUAAGAAAUAUUUGCAGAGGUCUUCCAGGCUGAAAGAAUUCCCCUUUGAAAUCCUGAAAUGUUUGGAGCUCAAUAUUGAAGCCAGCAGCCGUCCAUGUGUGCAGCUCUGCCCUCACACAUCUCCCCAUGUUUUUCCCUUCCCUUUAUAUAUAAACAUUUAGUAUUUGUAAGCCAUGUAUACUUGCGUUAAGAGUUGUCAAAGUAGCUUAAUAAUUAAAAAAAAAAGAAAAAGAAAGUUCGUACAUGUAACUGUUACUGAUCCUGUUGUUUUACCUGGCGAUUGCCAAUAAUGUUUGUAAACUCAGUGUGCAGUGACCUCUCUUAGGCUCUAGGAGGCAGCACUUAGACAUUCAUCCUGCUUGAAGUUUAGGUUUUGAAUUCAGAAAUCAUUCCUGUUCUCAUAGUAUCAAUAAAAGGCCUGCCUUUAGAUUGUAAACACGCCGCUGGCUCACCUUUACGCUGAGUUCAGAGUGUGUGAUGCUUGUGUUCGCAGACCUCAUCGUUUCCAGGGUGGCCGCGCUGAUUCGCUGAUUGUACAAUAAAAGUUCAGUUAAUUUGACGUGUUUGUUUAGAAUCUGUUGGGUUUGUCUAGCAAAGUGCCUUACUGUAUUUGACCUGUUUUUGGACAACUUGUAAUAUUAAGGCCACACGCACACGCAGCUCAUCCGUGUAACUUUUUUCAAGCGUUGAUGUCGUUAAAAUAUGCGGGAAGGCUCAGGCUGCACGGCGGAGAAGAAGCUGUUUUGUUUGCAAACGUUUGACCAGAGGAAGGCGGUCGGGACGGAUAUUUGAACUCUAAUUUCAGUGUUUGAAGAAGAGCAUUUUGACUACUGGCAGUCUGAGCUUUGGGCUGCAGACUUGGGGUCGGCUGCCGCUUCACUGGGAGCUCUGUGUGAGAAACAGAACUGAAGUUAGUGCGGUUUUUUUUUUCCUCUUUCCACUGUGUUCAUUUCCCUCUGCUUGGAUAAUUAUGUUGUACCUUUUACACUUUGUUUUACCCCAAACAUUUUGGAAUAAAAAAAAAAAACUUGUUGAAA